CGCGCAUGCGCUCUUGUCCGUUGAGAGCGACGGUUUAACGGCUCUCGUUCUGAGGGAGGCGGAGGGGAAGGGAGACGUUGGGCAGGGCGGCGAAGCGCUCACUCUGGGGAGCCGGUGAAAGGAAGGACGAAACCGAGCGAAAAUGAUUCUGUCGGGUGACCUGGACGGGCAGGGCCCCGAUGAGGAGGCCUACGAGCCGAGCUCCAGCCCCGGGACCAUCGACCAGCCCAGCUUCAGUUCUUUCUCUGAGGAGACGCCAUUGGAGGAAGGGAGCUUCGAGGGUCUGGAGCAGGAGGAGGAAACGCAGGAGUAUCCACAACUGCCCAUCUUUGAAAGACUGGAUUCAGACUCUCUUGAAAGUUCUCAGUUGUCCUUCAAUGAAGUUGAAGCCGUGGAUGAAACUUUAUAUGAUAUGAACAGAGAAAUUGAUUUCCUGGUGUCUAAAUUUAUCCAGACUCUAAGUGAGAAAUUAGCGGAGAGAGUUGCUCGCAUUCAAGAGUUUGAGUUUAUCACUGAUGAAAUGGGCCUUUUUGAAAACUUUUUGUAAGAGGAAGAAAGAAUUCAAGAUGAAAUGUCUCUGGUUCAGAUGUUCUGAAUGGCAAAAGUUGUAUUUAAAAUAGCCUCAGGUAUUAUUUUAGGUGGUAAGCCUGUUACUGUCCAGUGAAAGAAUGCUUUGAAGAACAAAAAUUCUUAUAGUACUUACACUCUCACUGAAGUUACAUGCAAAUGUACAUUUGUUUCUUGGGCAUUGUGUUCUUUAUAAAACAGUCCCUAAUGCAGCUGCCUCAUGCUUUCCAAAUGCAUAGCAAAAGUACUACUGUGGCAGAAAUGAUAGUUACUAAUUGUGUUACAGGUGUGUGUCCACUUAAAACAUUUAACUUCCUGUGACUAUUUUUAAUUGUUUAAGAAAAGUGAAUUGCAGAAAGGAGGGUAAACUCUAAGGAAUCCUGUUUGAGAUGUUAAGCAGACACUAAUUUAAGGUAUCACCCAAUUCCUCUUUUGAUGCAGGAUUCAUUGCUGGUUUUAGGAAAAAUUCAAAGGAGUUUUAGGUAAUUGUACUUGGAUGACUUGGCCAGUUGCCUUACAUUGAAUAUUGAAAGAGGAUUUGCCUGGCUAACAAUACAAAUGUAUCUUCCAAAACCAAUUCCACAGUAUUCAGUGGUGUUCUUCCAAUUUGUUUUAUUCUUAACUUUUUGAAAGAGUUACAAAUUUGAUUUUCUGAUCGCAGUGUGACUAACAGUUUGAGAAAGAUGUAUCGAUAGCAUGUACUCUAAGGCUGUAACUUCCUGGACAACUUAAUAAAGUGCAAUUCAAUCCUG